AUGCUUCGUCGUGCUGCGGGUUUUUUUUCCUUAACGGUAUCGUUGUUGGAAAAGACACACGGUGGUUUAAAAGACCAAGACCGCAUAUUUUUGAAUUUGUACAAUGACUUUGGCACUGAUAUUACCAGCGCGGAGAGGCGAGGUGAUUGGUACCGUACGAAGGAUCUUUUGCUGAAAGGCCACGAUUGGGUGAUUGCGGAGAUGAAGGCAAGCGGAUUGCGGGGUCGAGGUGGCGCGGGUUUUCCAUCCGGGCUCAAGUGGUCUUUCAUGCCUAAAGUGAAGCCCGACGGGCGUCCAAGUUAUCUGGUCGUUAACGGUGACGAGUCCGAGCCGGGGACGUGCAAGGAUCGCGAGAUUAUGCGGCAUGAACCUCAUAAAUUAGUGGAAGGUGCCCUCAUUGCUGGAUUUGCGAUGCGUGCAAGGUAUGGAUUCAUCUACAUCCGUGGAGAGUUCUACAAUGAGUGGCGCAGCGUGGAGAGGGCGAUUCAAGAGGCAUACGCAAAGGGGUAUUUGGGCCGCAAUGCAUGUGGGAGCGGAUAUGACUUUGAUUUAUACACGUAUCGUGGAGCCGGUGCGUACAUUUGUGGUGAAGAGACGGCGAUGAUAUCGAGUCUUGAAGGCGGGCCCGGGAAACCGCGACUAAAGCCGCCAUUUCCAGCGAAUGUUGGUCUCUACGGUUGCCCCACCACCGUGACAAAUGCGGAGACCGUGUCUGUUUCACCGACGAUUCUUCGCCGUGGACCGCAGUGGUUCUCCUCGUUUGGUCGCAAGAACAAUGCGGGUGUGAAGCUUUUCUGCAUCUGUGGCCACGUGAAUCGUCCAUGUACGGUGGAGGAUGAGAUGAGCAUCCCGUUGCGUGAUCUCAUUGAGCGUCACGCCGGUGGGGUUCGAGGCGGAUGGGACAAUCUUCUUGCCGUCAUUCCCGGCGGCUCUUCCUGUCCGCUCAUUCCAAAGAGCAUCUGCGAUAAUGUUCUCAUGGACUAUGACUCACUUAAGGAGGUCCAGACAGGACUCGGCACCGCUGCAGUGAUUGUCAUGGACAAAUCAACGGAUCUUAUUGCCGCAAUCCACCGCAUUUCCAAGUUUUAUGCAAAUGAGUCCUGCGGGCAGUGCACUCCAUGCCGUGAGGGCUCCCCGUGGUUAGAAAAGAUGAUGCGGCGCUUUGUUCACGGUAAUGCCAAGAAGGAAGAAAUUGGUACCAUGCUUGACGUCUCGAAGCAGUUGGAGGGUCGUACUAUUUGUGCGCUGGCAACGGCAGCAGCAUGGCCUGUGCAGGGACUCGCACGACAUUUUACACCCAUGUUGGAGGAGCGCAUUGAGAGGUACUGGGAGGCAAAUCCACAUUGGGGGAAAUCGGGCUCACCGUGGCGUCGCUGGAAGACACACCGAUAUUACACAAUGCAAAAGGGCGAUAAACUGAACUGGGACGGCAAAAUUGUGCGGAAUUGGAAUUAG